CGGUCGCCGUUCCCGCCCCGCGGCCGUUAUGCGGCGCGCGCUGCCGCCGCUCCGCGCUCUCCUCAGGGCCGGCGCGGCGGGGCGGCCGCCCCGGCUCCCGGCGCUCAACGGGCUCUGCGGCGCGCCGGCGGCUGAGGGGAGCGGCGGCGGCAGCGAGCUCAACAUACUGCCAUCCUUUGGUUUUCUUUUUGACAUUGAUGGAGUACUGGUACGAGGAAAGACUCCAAUUCCUGCUGCAAAAACAGCCUUUCAAAAGCUAGUGAAUUCUCAGGGACAGUUCUUGGUGCCUGUAGUGUUUGUCACCAAUGCAGGGAAUUGCCUUCGCCAGAAAAAAGCUGAUCAGUUGUCUCAUCUACUGGGAGUUCCAAUUUCACAAGAACAAGUGAUGAUGUCACACAGUCCUCUGCGGAUGUUCAAACGUUAUCAUGAAAAAUGUGUUCUUGUAUCUGGACAAGGACCACUUCUUGAUAUUGCUCGAGACCUUGGUUUCUGUCAGCCUAUUACCAUUGAAACAUUGCGGGAGAAACACCCUUUGCUAGAUGUAGUUGACCAUGACAGAAGGCCUAACGUUCUGUACCCCUCUGCUGUGGAGCUUCCCAAGAUUGAGGCUGUUGUUUUGUUUGGGGAGCCUGUCAGAUGGGAAACCAACCUUCAGUUGAUAAUAGACGUUUUGCUGACAAGUGGCUAUCCUGGAAAUCCAUAUCACCGUGAAAAUUACCCUCACAUUCCUGUACUUGCUUGUAAUAUGGAUCUGAUGUGGGUAGCUGAAGCACAGUCUCCAAGGUUUGGGCAUGGAACAUUCAUGGUUUGUUUGGAAAACAUUUACAAGAAGAUCACUGGCAAAGACCUGAAAUAUGAGGUCUUAAUGGGCAAACCUAGUAAACUGACCUACCAGUAUGCAGAAUACCUCAUCAGGGCUCAGGCAGCAGAAAGGCAGUGGAAGCAACCUAUUCAAACUCUUUAUGCAGUCGGAGAUAAUCUCAUGACUGAUGUGUAUGGUGCUAACCUUUACAAUCGCUAUCUUGAAGAGAACUCCAGAAAAGGUUCAAAAUCACGGAUUCAGGCCAAAGUUGCUGGUGGCAGAGGAUCUGCCACUCUCUCUCAGGAUGAUGAAAUAGACAACAGUUGGGAGAAUGAAUUAGCAUCUGCAGCAGCUGCCCACUGUAGGUCUGUUCUUGUUUGUACUGGGGUUUACAACCCUCACGCCGAGGUUCCCUUGGAUACCAGGGAGAGCAUAACUGAAACGGUGUUCCAUGGCCACAGAGAUUUUAGAUUUGAUCCUGGUUUAGUAGAACCAGAUCAUAUUGUACCAGAUGUUGAUGCUGCUGUAGACCUGGUCUUCCAGCUGGAGAACUUUGCACCUAAUUGAGAUGACAUGAUUUCUUACGGACUACUCAGUGCUAUGCUUUUCUUCCCAAAAAACAGUGCUUUAAAAUCAUGCCACAAACUGCUGCUUUCCAGAAGUUUUACAUUUUAAAUUAAUACAAUCUUAUAUUAAGGAUAUUAAUAUACCUAUAUAUACUUAGGUAUAUUAAUAUACUUAAGUAUAUUAAAUAUCAAUAAUGCUUUUUAAAGUACUUUGAAAUACAUAAUUUCUUGCUUUAGUUGACCUUUAUUGCCCUUGUAUUCAUUAUGUUAGGUAUUUUAACAGCAAUUUUUCAUAGUAGCUCAUGCAUGUUACUGGUACUUAAAUUCCCACGACAGUACCUUCUUUUGUUUGCUGGAAGAUCGAGCUUCUAGGUAUUGGGGAUCUUGAGGAUAUUGGAUUGUGGUGCUGGGGUCGUUCACACCAUUACAAAUUGGCUGGUACAGAGCACAACAUGUAUUACUGCUUGGUAUUCUGCAAGCAAGGAGUGCUCUCCAAUUAGAGUGAAGUUCAGGUCUGUUCUGCUACUUUCUACUUGCUCACGUACAACCCUGCAGCCUUUCUUUUUAUCUGUUUUCCCGUGUGUCUGGAGCUGCUAUUGCUUCUCUGUACUCUGACAUGUAAAGCCUUAAUAGAAAUGCCCACGUAAGAUGGAGAAGGCUGACUUGUUAACACCAUUUUUGGAACUCCCAACUAAGCUGAACACAGUCAUGUAAGGAAAGUGGCUAACAUUGGGUGCACUGUGUGGCAUAAUACCUGGCCUUUUUGUCUUUGCCUUUUUAACUGCACUUUUUUGAGGAAUUUAGAAUCUUAGAAAGUUUUAGCAAUUAUGUUUCAGGUGUUUCUGUCAGUUGGACUUUUCCACUGAAUGAGUGACUACUGUUUGGGCAAAAAGUGCCUAGUAAUUUACUUGAAGCUUCAUACCACUGUGGUAAUUAACUGGCCUUUAGUGGAAUAUACUUCAUCUUGUGUCAAUGUUAUAUGUUGUUUGGUUCAUAGAUUUUAUAGAUGUUCAUUUAAAAAAAAAAGUAAUUUAUUUUAUGUUAUUUUUGUAAAAUACUUUUAAACAUUUUCAUUCAAAAGAUGUCUUUGAAAAUAUUUUUGUGUUAAUUUGUUACAACACAGGAUAUGGUGUACUUGUGACAUAAGCUUGGAAAACAUAAGCCAGUUAAGUGUGUUUGAAAAACAAAGUCAGUUUACACACAAAUACCACUUACCAUCACCUUGGGGGCUAGACAGGUUUUUAUGUUUUUUGUUUUUUGGGUUUUUUUUUCAAAUUAGAAACUGUACAAACAAAAAUCUGUGGGUCUUCAGUCUUCCCAAGUACUUGCAGAACUAGCGGAAAGCUAGCUUAAAAGUGUUGAUAGACAGAUGGUGGCAUAAAGUGAAAUGAAUUCCUGGCCAGCUUCUUCACUGCUUAUUAUCCUGAUACCAAAAUCUGAAAACCCACGUCAUGAAGACAACAUUGCUGUUAUGAACUCAGAUUUUUUUGUUGUGUUUUUUUGUUGUGUUUUUUCUAUUUGCAGACCACUGUAAUCCCCCUCUCUCUUCUGUCUGGAUUGUUGAUUCAUUCACUCAUGUUUUAUAAAUAGGUUUCAAUGUAUCUUGCUGAAUCCAGUUUAAGGACACUGCUCUAAACAGUGUAUUUCCUGUUUCUUCACUGGGAAAGUAUUACGGCAGCACAUUCUUGCCUUUUUUUAUUGGUACAAUAAACAGAUAUAUAACUAUUUCUUUAGCACUUUUCUGUAAUACGCCAACUAUUUGCAAAGUAUGCCAAAUCUUUCUAAGUAAAGAUGGUAGUUUUGUAAAAUGUCAGGAUGACUUGAAGUUGCAUUGUUUCAAUACUGAGGCAUGUUGCAGAGCUCUUUAACUGUUACUGGAAGCGGUGUCAGGCUGUCAGUGAAGCAAGGAAUAAAGAUGUGGAUGUUGAUGAAGAACAGAAAA